AUGGACUUCGAUCUGGCUGUGGUGCACCGAGACUUGGUUCUGGUGAGUGCGAUGGACUUCGAUCUGGCUGUCGUGCACCAAGGCUUGGCUCUGGUGAGUGCGAUGGAGUUCGGUCUGGCUGUGGCGCAACGAGGCUUUGUUCUGGACUUCGAUCUGGCUGUAGUGCACCUAUACUUGGUUCUGGUGAAUGCGGUGGGCUGCGAUCUGGUCGUAGUGCACCGAGGCUUGGUUCUGGUGAGUGCAGUGGGCUUCGAUCUGGCUGUGAAGCACCAAUGUUUGACUCUGGUAAAUGCAACAGAUUUCGAUCUGACUGUAGUGCACCGGGACUUAGUUCUGGUGAAUGUGAGGGACUUCGAUCUGGCUGUGGUACACCGAUACUUGACUGUGGUAAGUGCGAUGGACUUAGAUCUGGUUGUGGUGCACUCUGGCUUGGCUCUGGUGAUUGCAGUGGGCUUCGACCUGGCUGUGGCGCACCGAGGCUUGGUUCUGGUGAAUGAGGUUGUGAUGUACCAGUUUUUGGUUCUGGUGAGUGCGACGGACUUCGAUUUGGCUGUGGUGCGACGAUACUUGGUUCUGGUGAAUGCGGUGGGCUGCGAUCUGGUCGUGGUGCACCGAGACUUGGUUCUGGUGAGUGUGGUGGACUUCGAUCUGGCUGUGGCGCACCGAUGCUUGUUUCUGAUGAAUGAGGUUGUGAUGCACCAGUUCUUAUUUCUAGUGAUUGCGAUGAAGUGCGUGAUUGCGGUGGAAUUCGAUCUAGCUGUGGUGCACUGUGGCUUGGCUCUGGUGAAUGCAGUGGGCUUCGAGCUGGCUGUGGCGCACCGAUGCUUGAUUCUGGUGAAUGAGGUUGUGAUGCACCAGUUCUUGGUUCUGGUGAGUGCGAUGGACUUCGAUCUGGCUUUGGUGCACCGAGGUGAACGCGGCGUACUUCGAUCUGGCUGUUGUUCACUUCCGCUUGGCUGUCGUGAAUAUAUUGGAAUUUCAGCAGUUUUUGGUGGGCUGAUGCUUGGUUCUUCUGACUGCGCUGGAAAUGGGUUUGGUUCAGGCACACCAGCACUUAAAUGUGCUGCAUGUGGUGGUGGCGGCGACGCAUCGUUUCCCGAUUCCGGUGAUGACUGUGGACGAUGA